CAUAUCCGAAACUUUUUUAUUCCGAAAAUCCAGACUUAAAAAAAAAAAAAAAAAAUUGUCAUCAUUUUGUAUGUGAUUGUCUUGAUAAACUAAACUUCGACCACAUUUUUUUCGUCUGCCAUUUCCAAGACUGUUCUCAGCCAGCACAUAGAAAUUAACUUUGGAAAUCCUGUUAGAUACCAAAUUUACACUCUAAACACUGCAGCAAACUACAUUUUGUCCAAGAGAAGAAGAAAAAUCAGAAAUGGUGUCAACAUUUCCAGGGGCUCUUCUGCGAAGAAUAGGUACAAAGGAAUUGGAUUACAAGAGCAUACAACUGGACUGUGAUGAGGUCACCAUUGGUCGAUCUAAAGAAAAUUCCUAUGCAAUUGCUGAUCUUUUAGUGUCUCGGAAGCAUGCUGUUUUCAGAUUGAACAAAGAUCAGUGGACUGUUGAAAGUGUUGGAAUGAAUGGUAUUGCUGUAAACCAUAUUAUUGUGCCAAAGCAUCAGCAGAUACCCAUCCAGCACAUGGAUACUAUCGAGUUGGGCGCAGGUUCCAAGUUUGUUUACGCAUUCCGUCUUCAGUCAGCAGACGUAGUAAACGAAGAACCACUUGCCAAGAGGAUGAGGCUGCCACUUGCUACUAGAAAUUACCCUUCACUAAAUGAUUCCCCGGAGGCAUUUCAUAACUGGGUCCGCUCUAAGAAAAACCUUGAAAAAACGCUUGAAGAGGAAAGUGAUAACUUGGAUGCCAAAUUAGAACUACAGAAGUCGCUGAAAGAUAAGUUGGUGCUCGAACAGGAGAAACUCAACGAGCACUUAGAGAAAGCUAAAGCAGUUUUGGAAUCAAAAUUUGCUGAAGAGAAAAAAGAACUGGAGAAAAAAGUUGCUCGCGGAGAGAUGGAAAAAAACGAGUUACAACGUCAGAAGGAAGAUGUAGAAAAGCGAAUGUUAAUCAGUUUGCAAGAGUUUCAGGUGGAAUGUGCAAAGAAAAAAACUUAUUUCGAAGAGAGUGUUGCGCGGGCUAACAGGGAAAAGGAGAUGCUUCUUGAACAAAAAGAGUUGGUCGUACAGCAGCUUUUGCGUGAAAAGAACGUUUUGCAAGAGCGCCUAGAAGAGGAGAGUCGCCUGAAAGAAAAAACAAUUAAUGAACUGGCCCAAAUAAAACUAUCUCAUCAGUCAUUAGAGCAAGAAUUGAAUGAAGCACGUCGGAAAAUUGAAGAAGAAACCAAGCAACAUCAACAGAAAGGGAGUGAAGAUGCACUCCGUCUUCGCCGGAUGCAGGAGGAGUUGGCCGAGCGUGAAGCCCGUUUAAACGCUAAAGAAAGAGAAAUUGUUGAAAUUCAGAGCCGUGCUGCUAUCGGUCUGGAGAUGUAUGAGACCAUUCAACUCCUUCAGCAAGGACAAGAAAUAGAGAAUACGGGGAAUAUCGUGGUUGUUAUGGAUGAUGGUCAAUCGUCAAAUAAUCCUAGUUUGACUGAGCAAGAAUUGGAAAAAGUACGCGAGGAAUUACGUAUUCAAAAAGAGCUUAAUGAGCUUCAGCAAGAGGCAUCUAGCAAAGCUUGUAUUGACAUUGUAGGACAAAUGGAAAGCAUCAUGGAGAACGAGCUUCAAUGUGGAAUUUGCUCUGAGCUUAUGGUUUUCGCUACGUCACUGAAUUGUAUGCACACCUUCUGCCAUUACUGUGUCCAGCAGUGGAAAAAGAAUAAGGUGGAAUGCCCAAUUUGUCGAGCCCCAAUUACCACAGAAGGAAGAAAUCUCUUGAUAGAUAACAUGAUCGAUGCCAUGGUCAAAACGCUGUCCGAAGAAACAAAGAAACGAAGAAAGGAACUGGUGCGGGAACGCCAAGAGCAAAGUAAAAGACUAAAUAAACAAAAAACCUUGGAACAACUUGUCAUGAUUCAAAAUAUUACGUUUGGAACGAUACAAGCUGAUGGAACACGAAUAGUGGAUCAACCAACAAAUAGCCGAGGACAAGGCCGUACACGUCGCACUGCAGGACGCACAGUUUCAAAUGCUCCCUCGUCAACAGUGCGUUCCACCGUGGCUACAGUUCCUUCCACGGUUACUCUGCCACAAGCCGUCAGACCCCGAGUAUCGGUGGCGCGACAAGCAGGUCGUCCACUAGUUCAGAGGGGCCCUUCUACAGCUCCCGUUAGGGGCACUUUGAAUCGCUCCACGGCACCUGCACCAACAUUUCCUAAUCCUCAGCUUCCUGGCCCUGCCGUAAUGCAAAAUGCACGUCCAUCACAACUCGGUCCAAGGCAUUGAGUCAAGUUUUCAAUUCUUUUUUUUUUUUUGUCGUAU